UUUUGCCUCCUAAACUGAAACUGGUGGAGGCACUCUGCCUGGAGGACUCCCAGUUUACAUACCAAUACAGACUGAAGCGCUUUGCCAAACUGUCCUUUAGAAACAAUUGUCACCUUGCCACCUGCCGUUUGGAGCAGCCCUGAACCCUCCUCCAGUUUGAAAUUCAUCAGACAGAGAGAGAGAGAGACAGAGAGAGAGAGAUCGCGCUCAAUAAUAAAUCGACUUCAAAGAGAAGAGAUGAAAAGGAGGUUAUUAUGAGUGUAUCAGCCUAGGCAUCGCUCUCCACCUUUCUGCUUCCUGGAGAAAUGGAACCGCAUUUCUAAGGUGGCCAACGCAAGACUAGGUAAGCAUCCAAAUCUGCCGUCCACUUUUGCCCGGAAGGACAGAUUCCCGUUAUUUGGGGCCUCCCGGAGUCGUUCCCAAAAGAUUCCCAGGCUACCCUCCUUCCUCUCCGGUCUUCCAAAAACUAAAACUCGCAAAGCGGUGGCUGUCUGUGGAUUGGCUAGUACUAAAAUAUCCAUUGGGUGGCAGUAAUACUAUCCUCUUUAUGACUUGCAGCAAACCAGAGAAUGCAUUCAAUCAAAUGAACCGAUCUUGUAGAAACACUGGAAUCAUUUAUGCAUUGCAGUUUCUCUUUCUUGUUUUCGCUCCUUCUUUCCUGGGAUAUUUUGAGUGGAUCGUGGCUAUUAAUCAAGAUCUCGUGCUGUUCGUGGUUUGCUUGUCGUUUUCGCUCAGGAUUAGCAUCAUUCAAGACAAACGCAAAGCUGCUUCCCCACCCCACACACACUCUUUUUUGAAAAAUCAUUUUUGGGGGCUGCUGAAGAGAGCUAGGACCCAGGAGACACCUUCCCAAACAGCAGGGGUUGUGUGCUUUCACAUAGCAGUACUGUACAAGGAAAACCCCGUCGGAUCUGUUAUUGCGGGAUACUUGUGAAAUAUACAUAGGAUUCUUUCUUAUGGCUGCAUCCCGGAUCUGGAAAUUUUACUUGGGGAACAGGAGGAUUUGAAAAGCUACAUGUAUCCAGAAGAUUUGCAAGCAAGACUCCAAUUCUUGUCAUAGAGCUCACAGACUUCCUCACUUAUCGGCCUUUUUUCUUCCUUGUGUUUUAAAAAUUAUUAUUUCCUCCCUCUUUUCUGCUCCCUCCUCUCCCAGUCUCUCCUUUUCUUUCUGCCUCUUCUUUUUCCUCCUUGUCUUUUUUUCCCCCUGCUCUGCACCUGGAUUCUAUCUUCACCAAACAAUCGGGCACUUUGAGAACUAACUGGAGACAGACAGUCUGUAGGAAAGAUCUGUAUGGAAUUAUCUGCUUUUAUGGUGAACUUGGCAUUUGUGAAUGGGUAUCUUGUUCACGAUAUUAAUUGCUAGCAAAGACAAGAAAAAGAACACAGGAGUAAAACGUGGAUUUUUCUGAAUACGCAUUGUGAUGACCAGCAAUUACCUUACCGACUGAUAUCCAGAGGAGAAUAAUUCGGAAGACUCUUGUGGGGAACAGCCUUUAACAGCUGGAAGAUGAAAGCUCCGAUUCCUCAUUUGAUUCUCUUAUAUGCUACUUUUACACAGAGUUUGAAGGUUGUAACCAAAAGAGGCUCUGCUGAUGGAUGCACUGAUUGGUCUGUUGAUAUCAAGAAAUACCAGGUUUUGGUGGGAGAGCCUGUUCGAAUCAAAUGUGCGCUCUUCUAUGGUUAUAUCAGAGCAAAUUACUCCCUUGCCCAAAGUGCUGGACUCAGUUUGAUGUGGUACAAGAGCUCUGGUCCUGGAGACUUUGAAGAGCCAAUAGCUUUUGAUGGAAGUAGAAUGAGCAAAGAAGAAGAUUCCAUUUGGUUCCGACCAACAUUGCUGCAGGACAGCGGCCUCUACGCCUGUGUCAUCAGAAACUCCACUUACUGUAUGAAAGUAUCCAUCUCACUGACAGUGGGCGAAAAUGACACUGGACUCUGCUACAAUUCCAAGAUGAAGUACUUUGAAAAAGCUGAGCUUAGCAAGAGCAAGGAGAUUUCAUGCCGUGAUAUAGAAGAUUUUUUACUGCCAACCAGAGAACCUGAAAUCCUUUGGUAUAAGGAAUGUAGGACAAAAACAUGGAGGCCGAGUAUUGUAUUCAAAAGAGAUACCCUGCUUAUACGAGAAGUCAGAGAAGAUGAUAUUGGAAAUUAUACCUGUGAAUUAAAGUACGGAGGCUUUGUUGUGAGAAGAACUACUGAAUUGACUGUUACAGCUCCUCUGACUGACAAGCCACCCAAACUUUUGUAUCCCGUGGAAAGUAAACUGACAAUUCAGGAGACCCAGCUGGGUGAUUCAGCUAAUCUAACCUGCAGAGCUUUCUUUGGGUAUAGUGGAGAUGUCAGUCCUUUAAUUUACUGGAUGAAAGGAGAGAAGUUUAUUGAAGAUCUGGAUGAAAAUCGAGUUUGGGAAAGUGACAUUAGAAUUCUUAAGGAGCAUCUUGGGGAACAGGAAGUUUCCAUCUCAUUAAUUGUGGACUCUGUGGAAGAAGGUGACUUGGGCAAUUACUCCUGUUAUGUGGAAAAUGGAAAUGGACGUCGACAUGCUAGUGUUCUCCUUCAUAAACGGGAGCUAAUGUACACAGUUGAACUUGCUGGAGGGCUUGGUGCUAUCCUCUUACUGCUUGUUUGUUUGGUGACCAUCUAUAAGUGUUACAAGAUAGAAAUCAUGCUCUUCUACAGGAAUCAUUUUGGAGCUGAGGAACUGGAUGGUGAUAAUAAAGAUUAUGAUGCAUACUUAUCAUACACCAAAGUGGAUCCUGACCAGUGGAAUCAAGAAACUGGGGAAGAAGAACGGUUUGCCCUUGAAAUCUUACCUGACAUGCUUGAAAAGCAUUAUGGAUAUAAGUUGUUUAUACCAGAUAGAGAUUUAAUUCCAACUGGAACAUACAUUGAAGAUGUGGCAAGAUGUGUAGACCAGAGCAAACGGCUGAUUAUUGUCAUGACUCCAAAUUAUGUAGUUAGAAGGGGCUGGAGCAUCUUUGAACUGGAGACCAGACUUCGAAACAUGCUUGUGACUGGAGAAAUUAAAGUGAUCCUAAUUGAAUGCAGUGAACUACGAGGAAUCAUGAACUACCAGGAGGUAGAGGCCCUCAAGCACACCAUCAAGCUCCUGACGGUUAUUAAAUGGCAUGGACCAAAAUGCAACAAGUUGAACUCUAAGUUCUGGAAACGUUUACAGUAUGAAAUGCCUUUUAAGAGGAUAGAACCCAUUACACAUGAGCAGGCUUUAGAUGUCAGUGAGCAGGGGCCUUUUGGGGAGCUGCAGACUGUCUCGGCCAUUUCCAUGGCCGCGGCCACCUCCACAGCUCUAGCCACUGCCCAUCCAGAUCUCCGUUCUACCUUUCACAACACGUACCAUUCACAGAUGCGGCAGAAACACUACUACCGAAGCUAUGAGUACGACGUACCUCCUACCGGCACCCUGCCUCUUACCUCCAUAGGAAAUCAGCAUACCUACUGUAACAUCCCUAUGACACUCAUCAACGGGCAGCGGCCUCAGACAAAAUCCAGCAGGGAGCAGAAUCCAGAUGAGGCCCACACAAACAGUGCCAUCCUGCCGCUGUUGCCACGGGAGACCAGUAUAUCCAGUGUGAUUUGGUGACAGAAAAGCAAGGGACGUCCCGUCCCUGGGAGCUUGAAUGGAAUCUGCAGCCCAGUGCCUGGAACUAAAUCCUCGACUGCUGCUGUUAAAAACAUGCAUUACAAUCUCUAGAACACGAGGAAAAACAGGGUCUUGUACAUAUGUUUUAUGGAAUUUCUUUGUAGCAUCAGUGUCUUCCUGUUUUACCAUGUCUCUUUCCAUUACAUUUUUUGACUUUGUUUUAUAUGUCAUUGGAAUUUGUAAAUUUACAUUUUUUUUAAAGAAGAGACUGAAGUAUAGAUAGAAAAACCUUUUUUGCUUCAUUACUUUAGUUUUAGAAUGGGUUUUAAUUUCCUUUUUGUAAAUUUUAUUUUGCUCUUAACAUUUCCUUGGGGUGCUUGGACAAAUCUAUCCGAUGGGACAAGGAGCACCGGAUCCUCACUCGGGUUCUGCCUAGGAUCAGCUGGGCCACAUCGGCCUUCAGAGAGCAGUGCGACACACGCCAGCAUUGCCACUUGAGAGAAAAAUUAAAAAGAGAGAGAAGAACACUUGUGCAUAGGAGGGCCCCGCCAGUCAGAGCCCUGAAUCUCUUCCUUGUCCCGCCUCAUUCCCCACCUCUACCCUUCUAAUGGCGGCAUGAUGUGUAAACUGCAGAGGGGUGGGGGUGGGCCUAACUGUCUUAACAUAGUCAAUUCACUGCUCUUCAGAAUACACUCUAGACCCAAAGGUGUGCUAGUCACUUGACAGUGACCACUACAGAGUGCUAAGAAGAGAAGAUCAAGGGCACGAAAAUGGGGGAGAGUGUUGUUUCCGUUUUUUAAAUGAGUUGAUGUACCCUUAUAUAUAUAAAUAUAUAUAUAAAUAUAUAUAAAAACAACAAAACAAAACAGACAAAAAAACCACAAAAAAGCAAAAAAACAAAAAACAAAAAAAAAAUCAAGCCCUAUAUUUGAUCACUUCCUGGAAAGGCAUGAAUGUGUUUGUGGCUGUUUUUGUUUAAUAUUCUACUUCCUCUUUUCCCUCUAUAUUUUUUCUGCAAAUGAGAUUAUGUGCAAAUGCCAGGCAAGUUAACUCAAAAGGGUGAAUCAACGCAAGUCAAAAUGAAAUUUGCAUUGGAGGCUUCCGAACCAAAGGGAAGGACAGGAUGUGUCAUCAAAUAUGUUUUGUCACCUUGUAUUAUAUGAAUUGUUAUUUUCUAAAGAGUCAGAGAAGAUCUGUGAAACUUCUUGUGGGGUCCUGUUGUAUUUAAAUGUUAACUCACUUGCAUUUAAUUUUCAAGGCUACAUUCAGAAUUAAGCGUUUGGUUUCAGUUUGUGAACAUAAGCAACACUUAUUAAUAUCGAGGUGUUUAAGAACUCAGGAGGUCAAACAUAUGAAUAUCAACAGAUAUCAAUAUUUUCAAAAUAAACAUCAUUUAUACAAAAUAGUUUUUAAAUUAGAUCUGAAAGUGUUUAAAAUACUUUUACUGUAUAAAAAAUUCAUUUUAUUUUAACUAUAUGAUUCAAUCUUCAAGAAACAGAAAGCUGAUGCUCCCGGGAAAUUCAACCCUUAGCAUUUAGCUUUAUGUUUGAAGUCAAUUACAUAAGCAGUUAAUUCAUAUUCAUAUUAAGGGUGAUGCAAAGUCAAUCACAAAGGAAACUGCAGAGGGCAGAGUUGUUAAAAGGAAAUAUUACCUACAUAGCUUUUAGUUUUUAAAAAAGUCAAUGUGAUAAAAACAUUGAUAGUAGAACUUAAAACAGUACUUCAGACAUUCAUCGUAGGAACUUCCAUCCCAGUCAUUGUCUGUGGGCUUGUAUAGUGACUACUGUAUGUUUGGUUUAUUCCUAUCACUCUAUAAUGAGAAAACAAUCUAUAGCUUUGGUCACAGUACUAAGGUGUGAGUUGGCCACUAAGAGGAAAAAAGAAAAGCAAGCAAGCAAGCUAUAAACUGCACUAGAGUUCCUUUGGGAGGAUUGAACUGCAAAUGUAUGAGAGAUGAGUAUAAGCAUUUGGUAAGGAUGCAAAGGUGGCAGUAUCUGUGUGACAAGGUAAAGGAGCCUUGGGAUAUGCACUGAUUUUUAUUUGUUUAAAAAAUGUUUAUUUCCCUGACAACUCGACUGGGUCCUUCCCUAUACUGUCUUUAUUUCUCUGCUCCCCUUGGAUCUGUGUCACAUUUUCACAAAUCAGAACUGAAGCUGCAAGGACACAUAAAACUUUAAGGUCAGCUUUGCACAUUGUGUUAUUUUCAGAAUCCGAGAAGGCCAUUGUUUACUUUGUACUAUGGACACCUGUCAGGGACUGGUGGCAGUGAACCUCAUUGGACUGGAUGACCAAACUCCCCCAGUGCUCACAAAACUGUAAAUGUGGCAAUGGCCUGGUUUAUUUCUUUGUGGUUUUUCUUUCCUUUUUCUUUUUUCACAUGCACGAUGGAAGUGUGGAAUAAAUGUAGAGGAAGUAAUCAGACCACAGUCAUGUUUUAGGCAUCCAUAGGUGUUAAUUUAGCUGCAUUGGGAGUACAUUUUUGUUCUAUUUUUAGUGUAGAUUUAAGCACUUUGAAUAGCAUGAUUCAGGGAUUGAUGGGUAAUAUUUGAUAUUCUCACAACUUAAGAAACUUUUUUUCCUCUAAUGCUUUGUCAUAUUUUUAAAAAUGAAAUAAAUGCAAAAGAAGCUAUCUAUGGCUUUAGAAACAUUCCUCCCAAGUAUUCCUCUAUCAGCUCCAUGUGAGAACAAAUGAAGGAAACUGUCAUGUGUUCACGUGCUCUAUGUUUAACAAAAGUUCUGUUAGAACUUACAAUAAAAAGAGAAAAAAAAUGUAUUUCCCCUAGUGCCUAGGUUUCAUCCUUCUCUUUUUGUGGUGGGGGCUAUGGGGGAUAAGAAUAUUCUAGUUGUAGAAACACAGUUGAAUGUAUGAAUAUGUUAGCCAAGCUGGGGUAGAGAAUGGACUUCCAGACUUGGGUAUGUGUGAUGUUUGGUACUGCCUGUUUUUCAUCAAUCACUGCUCGGGCUCUGAAUGACACAUUAUAGAUUUAAAAAUCCAUCUUGUUUUUAAUGUAACCUCGACUUGCUGCUUAUGAGCAUCCUACCCUUUAUUCUGGUGCUCAAAUAUUUGAUUAUUUAAUUUGUACCCCAUUCCUUAGAUCUCCUAUGGGCCGAAAAGACAUUUGUAUCUUGGGUAGCCUGCUGACUUACAUUGAGCUCAAUUCUGUGAAACAAAUCCAAGACAUGAUAAGAGACCUGAGCCUACUAUAUUUCUACAGCUUAACACCUGAUUGUUCAAACAGUCAACUAUUUUGUGAUUACUUUUUUCAUAGUAUAUGUAUUUGGACCUUAUUGACUUAAUCUUAUAUAGAUGCUGGUUUCUUCUGUAUUUCAUUAUUAUUUAGCAUUUUAUAAUAAGAGCAGAUAUUAACUGAGAGCCAAUCCCUAAACUUUAAGUAAGUUUUGUUCAUCCUAGAGUAGUGAUUAACUUUUUAGAUACCAUUUAUGUAAAUCGAGAUCACCAUUUCUAUGAGUACAUUUGUGAAGUAUUUUCUGAUUCUGGAAUCAUACCCUAGUUCUUUUUCUAAGGAGUAUUUUCUAAAUUUCACACUAAAUUUCUUUUUCUUAUUAGUUUAAGUUUAUGCCAUUAGUCCCAGAAGAAAGCUUACUGAAGUUCAAAGGAUAGCAUUGGCAUUGUACAAGUGAAGGAACUGAAUAGAACUAGAAUACAUAGAUACGGAAGAGGAAAACCCCUCACUAUCUCUGAUCUGAAUUUGGUUGUUCAUUAAUUUCACUAUGGACAAAGUUGAUUUAAAAGGGUAAAAUAUUAUUAAAUAGGCUAGAAAGUCCACCUCCAGACACACAUUUCCUAUUGCAGAUGAGUUUUUCUAACAAUAUACACGGUUAUGACAAAGAGAUGAUGAGACAACUGGGUUCCCUAAAAGGAGAAGAUUGUCAAUGGAAGCAGAGGCUAUUCCUUGACGUACCAGGAAUCCUUCCAACUUAAUGUUAUUUGCACAAAGACAUUAACCAAUAUUCAAAUUUUGAUAAUCCUUAAUAAUAGGCCUUAAAACUUGGUUUUAAGGAUAUCUUGAAUUUCUAAAAAGGAUUAAAGGAAAUAAUGAAACCUUUGAAAUUCCAGACAACAUUAUUUAAUGUGUGUAAAGCUGUCUUCCUGAGUGUGAGUUGCAAGACAUCCAUCAUGUAAAAAAGGUUUUGAUGUUUGGAUUUAGAGGAUAUUCCCAGAAACUGAUAUUCAGCUAAACCAAUAUAUCUUGCAGGCACUGUUGUCUCUACUGCUCCUUACCUUCAUUCACAAAAAUUUGGGGGAUGAUUACUGUUCCAACAGAGGGAAUUCCUCUUUAAAAAUGGCUUGACUUUGUGGGAGACCUUGUAUAUGGUAAAGAAAACUUGGUAUGAUAACAAAUCAUUUAUGCCUAGAUAAGGGAGAAUUGUCUAUUAUUCUUGUGAUAGUUUACUCAUUUCUUCACCCACUCAGAACAUAGUUGGGGGGGGGUGUUGUGAAACCAUGCAAUUUGGCAACGAUGCCUUAUUUCAUUAAACUUCUUUUUGAUCUGUGUUCAAUCAUAUUUCUAACAACAAGCCAAUACUUUUUCCUGUAAAGGGAGAGAAGGAAUAGUCAUUUGACAUGCUUUUGUUUUCUAGUUUUGUUUUCCAAAGAUUGAAAGUUAGUUAUAUAUUGGAGUCCCAACAAUUAUAUAUUUUCCAGUUUUAUGACUUGUGGUAUGACUCUGGAACAAUAUGAAGAGUUUUGAGAAUAAAGUGAGAUGGUGAUUAAAGUUUUACUUUUUACUUUUGAUUGAUAGCAACUUGAGUUUAUGGUGUAAACAAGUUGAGAUACUAUCACAAGAGGCUGUAAGAUCCAACCAAAUUGGAAUCAAGUUAGAGUAAGCUGAUGAUGAUGAUGAAGAUGAUUUGUUAACCUUAAUUUUAUGUGCCUUGUCAUCAUCAAACGUCAGUCACAUUCACAGAAAAUGCCAGACUUACAAGAAGGAACUCAGCUCCAGUCUUAUUUAGUAAAAUUUCUUCUUCCCAGGCUCAGACCAUAACAAAUCUCCCUGUUACAAACAUGUAAGAUAUAUAUCUUAUACUUCACAAAUAUAAUGUAUUUCUAAAUUCCUUCUGCUCAUCAGUAAACUCUCUUCCAAGUAGCCUAAGAGUCCACUGACACACUUACAUUUCUGAUUUCUUCAUUAAUGUAAGUAAAGUAAGGAACUAUUGUUUUUCUACCAUUCAUCACUUUCAUAGAUGCAUCCCCCAGGGUCCUUAAGUCUGAAAAGCAUUUUCUUUCUAACAAAGGCAAUCACUCUAAAAAAAUUCAUUACACUGUGUUCCCUCCACUACUAAAUGAGUUGAAUCUGAAAAACUGCACAUGAACUUGAGAGUAUUUCAUGUAAUAUCGAUGUCGUGUAAAUUUCAAUCUUCAUAAUCCAGAUACUGUUACGUUUCAAAGGGCAUGCUGUGUCAUUAAAAAAAAGAUUUACUGUGAAAUGACAUUAUUACAUAGUGCAUGAAUAUGUGGCAAAGUAAUUUGGAUCUAUCUUUACUAGUCAAUAAGAGAUUAAAUUUGGGGAGAUCAGAUGUGAGUGUUUUAGGUUAAUUCUCAACUGAGAAGAAGACAUCUUAAUGUUAGGAUACAUGGGCAAUUGUCCAUAUUCCUUGCAGUAUAUGCUCCUGUUAAAUAGAAUCCUUAGUGUAUUCUUUCCACCAGAGUAGUGGAGGUACGUUCAUAUAAUCUGCUAUUGAAUUGCAAAACCUUUUAUGUUUUCAGAGUUCAAGGGAACCCAAAUAGGAAAGUGGACUUAGUCAUUUUCCUCUGCUGGUGUUCAAGUCAUAUUUUAAACUCAGACACUCUCAGAUCUGUUCAACAGUCAGUAAAAAGUGCAUUUUACGUAGUGUUUCCCUUUAGUUUUGCCUACCUUUUUUGAUUUUGUAUAAUCUAGAAUGUAUGUAACUCAUGUGUAGGUGAUGGAGGCGCUCCAUUUUUUCUUAGAAUACUUACAAUUAUAUAUUUUGUUUUGCUUUAACUAGCAAUAGGAAAAUAGACAAAUACAAGUGUAAAAAUGAGACAUUUUAAACUCGAAUUAUAAUUUGUGUUUUAUAGUCGUUUCAUAAGUCUGUUGCUCUCUAUGAGUAUGCUCUCUAUAUAUCCUGUAAAAAUAAAUUUAUAUGUUACAUAGAAAUUCAAGAAAUUAAAUUAUUUAUUAAGCUACAAGUGUUUCUUCUGGUUUCUACCUGAUCAUAGAUAAAAAUAAAUUAAUAAUGUGUUGUUGGAACAUAUGUAAGUAUGUUUGUUAAUUUGAUAACUCUUGUUCUACUUUCUCUUCCCUCUCUGUUUAUAUCUGUAUAAGCUUAUAUUCCUUAAACCUAAACUCCUAUGGUGGUUGUGAAAAAAAUUGUCUUAAGAAAUGUUCAGUUGACUGAGAAAGAAAAGAAAACCCUUGCUAAAAAAUCAAGUCCAUUUACAAUCCCCAUUUUCUUCACUACUGGAUUAUGGAGAGGUUUAAAUCACUAGCUCAAUCACUUAAAAGUUAUUAUCACAUUAAUGGCCUUUUCAAGGUUAAAUUCUGCAUUUUUUCCUUCAUCUAUUUCAUGAAAUUCUUUGAGAAACAGAAAUGAAGAGUGAUGACCCAUGAGUCCUUCUUUGUUGUUUACUUUCCUUACUUCUUGCUCCCCAGGUAUUUUAUUCCUUUCUGUUUAAGGUACUACUCACAUAAUGACCUUAAAAUCCCCAUAAGUAAUACUUAAAGUGGCCAAGAUCUUUAAUCAUCUUGUUUUCUAUCCUGUUUGCAUCUACUUGUAGUGCACAGUCAUUCCUAAAGGGAAAUGUUUUGGCCUUACUUAUCAUUUUAGCUUGAAGAUAAAUAACCUUAUUAUUUAUUUGAGGGGGAGGACAAUGAUGGUAAAUCUUUCCAUCAAAGCAAAUCAAUUGAACAACCAUAACCCUCUUAGAAUAAAUGGGAUAUUUAAACAGAAUUUGUAUCUUAGGAAGAUAGCCUUUUAAAAAACACUUAUCAAAGAUGAAACAGAUACAAAUCAUUAUGAACUUUGAAAAUAAUAGAUUCACAAAACCCCAUAAGGUUAUUUUAGGUUGGAUUUCAAAGUAGUUAACAUAUUUAAUGUUUCAUAAAUCCAUUUCUACCUCAGUGGGAUUUAAAUGUGAGAAAAUAAUGUGUAUUGAAAAAGCAAAAUGUUAUAAGGAUCAUGACUUAAUUUAUAACUUCCACAUUAUAUUUUAAAUUGUGAAUCAUAGACAAUUACCUAUUAUUCAAAAUAUAAGGAGAGCACUCUAUAGUUGAAGAAUGUUUGGGAUUAUUUGUGUACUUCAGACACAUCAAUUCUCGGGAUUUUUUAAUUAAACUCGUGUUACUGACAAGUGGUUUAAAGCCUGAUACUAACGGAACAUCUUAUUUCCACAAGAUUCCAAAUUAAUAUCAGAUUCAUAUUUACUGGCAAAAUCAAAACAAAGAAUGAGGCAAACAUUCAGAGAAUUAUUAUGUUGGUGACCCAAUCACUUAGCACUAUGGGAUUUUUAUGGCCUGCAAGAGUAAUUCAAACAAAUUUCUUAAACAAGCUUGCAACACUAGGAUAAAGUAAUGUGGGAGAAUCUUGAUGUGUGUGUAGGAGGGAGAAUAAGGCCCUGGGGGAUACAAGAACAUAGUGAUUGUCAAUAGUUUAGCCAAUUGUUUCUCUAAAUUAGAAAUUUGUAUCCCCAGUGAUAUGUCAAUUGGUUUUAGCUGGCAUACAGAAGGAAGCUUUUUAUUCACACUGUGAGGUAUUUGAUUUACAUUUUUCAGGACUUUUAAAAACCCUUAUGUAGUACAUCAAACCCAAAACUUGACAGUUACUUUUUGUAGUUAUACUUAAAUGGUAGCAUGGUAUACAUUUAUGUGACUUAAAUGAAAACAUAGGUAAAGAAUAGUCUAGGAAAUAUAGGGCAAAAGUCACCAAGACAGUUUGCGAACAACUGGUUUAUGGAAAAACUGCUAGGGCAGUCAAUUUUUUUUUGAAAGGCAGAGUUAGACACAGAGAGAGAGAGAGACAGAGAGAAAGGUCUUCCUUCCGUUAGUUCACCCCCAAAUGGCGGCUACAGCCGGGGCUCUGCGCAGAUCUGAAGCCAGGAGCCAGGUGCUUCCUCCUGGUUUCCCAUGCAGGUACAGGGCCCAAGCACUGGGGCCAUCCGCCACUGCCUGCCUCCCCUGGCCACAGCAGAGAGCUGGACUGGAAGAGGAGCAACCAGGACAGAAUCUGGUGCCCCGACCGGGACUAGAACCCGGUGUGCCGGCGCCGCAGGCGGAGGAUUAGCCAAGUGAGCCGCGGUGCCGGCCUGGAAGUCAAUUUUUUAACCUCUGGCAAAACAUACACUAAUAAAAGAUGAAACCUUACAAAAAGAAACAAAAACAAAAACAGGUAGCAGAAGAACAUGCCAAAAGCCUACAUAAAUAAUAAACAGAACUAUACAAUUCGGAAGAUCAAUAGCUGCCUUGAAUUAAGUAAUGAAACAUCUCACUUCUCCUAUUGUUCUAAGUAAUAAAGAAUUGUUUAGGCAAUUAUGAACUUCAAAGGAAAACUGGACUCUGAAAGCAAAUCUCUUAGGUGCCCUAAGUCUGUGCUGAACAAAGAACCAUUGCUCAACAUACUUGUCCAAAGUAUAAUGGGAAAUUGAUUACUAAAUAUUAUAAUGCAUGAGUAGAAAUAAUGAUUUUUGGCUUGCUGAACACUGACAUAAACACUUGGGGAGAAAGUGAAAAAGUUCUUUCAUUGCAUUCUUCUAUGGGAUUCAUUAAUGAUAGUUCUAAGUCUUGGGUAUCUUUAGAAUCAUUUGGGAAGGUCCCAAAGUCCCAGACAAAUGUCCCAGUUAGUCCCAGACUAACUGGUCUGGAGUUUGUCCCUAAUGUUAGUACUUUUCUAGUAAGCUCUCCACGUUGAAAACUACAGAAACAAAGCAAGUGAAUCUCAAAUUUUAGACUUCAAAAGCAUUACCUGGAAACAUUGUUGAAAAUGGAAAUUUGGACUGAACCCCAAUAGAACUGGAGUAUGGGGCAACAUUUAUUUACUUAACAAGUUCCCCAGGUCAUUGUAAUGUGGACUCUCACAGAUUCCUUUUUUGAGAAACACAGGUGUUAUUUCUGUGAUUUCUGCUACUCUCAUUCUUUGAGAUGGAAAAUUAAAGGCAGCAGAGAUGAAUGUCACCAUAAACUGGGUCUUCGUUUUCUAACAAUUCUUCCCAAAUCGUUACAUCAGGACUCACAAUGAAAAAUCCCCAAUUAAAAAAAAUAACCUGAACUAUACAAAAUUUUAUUUUGUACUUGAUUAACUCAAGAAGAAAGGAGGAAUAAAAAGAACUAGUCAAGAAAGUCCAGUCCAGUUUUGCCAUGCGAUAAAUAUAUGGCUUCAAAAAUCAUAUCAUUUAGCAGAAAAAAUAAGUAACAGUUAAGUGUUAAAUAAAAACUCAUCUUCCUUCUAAGGGACUGCAGGUCUGCUGUCAGUUAUUUUUAUUCGUUAAAGAAGGAAAAUAGCACAACACAGAUAUCAAAGACAUUGUCUGUGGUGUUUGUUUAAUAUAUAAAUUAAAGUGAACCCAAUUAUCAUUUUCCUAAAAUUAACUAUCAAUUCAUCAAAAGAUUAACUCUAAUGAAGAUGUUUCUUUAGUAUAAGAAUUGCUCACUCUCUUCAAAAACUGAACCCCAGGAAAUGACUGUGAUCUUGUACAUUGGUGUAUGCUAUUCUGGUGAGUGGCAUAAAGUAUAAGACUCUGUUCAUAAUGCCAGUAAGUUUAAUUCUAUCAGUUAAAUGCAUCAUCCUGAAGGAUUUCAACAAAAACUACCUACCCACCAAUUAGACCGUAUCUGCGAUCUCUAUUUCAUCCAUCAACCACUUUUUCUGACAAUAUAGUUUCAGCUUCAUAUUAAUCUCACUGGGCUAAUUUUGAUCUCGAUGCCUCUUGUUUUACUGGAAAUGACUAACAGUGUUGAGGUUGUUAGAUUCUGUUUCAUAGAAAGAAUGUAUUAUUUGGUGUAAGAUAAUCACUUAGCCUAAAUGCAUAUUUCAAGGAUAUAGCUUGCUAUUUAAGAGGAAAUAUUCAUAUACAUUCUUCAUGGAGUAGUCACAUCAAAGAGUUUCUGAGAGUUGGUUUUAAGUUUCUGAGGAUUUCAGUCAUAUCCUAAUGACUCCCACAGGCCUUCUUAACCAUUUGGGACUUUAUAACACUAGAACAUCCAAAAAAUAAUCUUCAUCAACAAAUCUGAGUACAACAUAGCCAUUGAUAUUUCUACCCUGAACUGAAAAAACCAUAUACCAAUUUAGCUUGAUUUAUUUUGAGGCCUUAUUCUGGACAACAGUGGAAAAUUGCAAAUUGCGACAACAUGGAGCAUUUAGAGUGCUAAAUUAGUGUACAUGUUCGCAUGCAUGUGUAAUGUAUGUGCACUCUGAAAUUCAAAAUACACACUAUCAUUUCAUUUAAAUAAGCUUCAUCAAGAUGUAUGCUACAUUAAAUAAACAGCUAUGAGUUCCUAAGUUAAUGCACUCAACCAGGAAAUUACCUGGUGAAUCAUUUUUGCAUGGGCUAAAAAUAAAUACCCAGGUUUCUCUUCAACUAACUUUUCCUUAAGAACAUGCAUUUUAUCAUAAAGGAGAGAGUCAGCUCAUUCUCACUUUUCCCAUAAAAAUUCUGUGAUUGUCUCCAUUUGCUACUCUUUCCAUUACAUGGUAUCCCUGAAUUAUUUAUUUACAAAGAAUGGGGGCAGGAUUGCACUCAGCAACUAUCAUAAGAAAAGCCUGUGAAAGCACCAAAGUUAUUACUAUGGGUUUCCUAUCUUUUUGUCAAUUUUAUUUUUCCAGGGCAGUGAAAUAACUUAUUUUUCAGAUUCCAUUUAAAUUAUGUCCUUGGCAAAUAGCAUGUUCUCAGCAAAGCCUAACUUUAGAAAUACGGUUACUGAUAAGAUUUUUUUUUAGUUUUCUCUUUACAGAAUCCCUGCCAUCACUGAAGUGAAAUAGAAACACAAUAGAAUUAAGUAAAUUUACAACUGGAGAUCUUAUGAGUACUGCAACUUAAGUAUUCCGCACCACGAGGUGACCUUGUAUUCAUAGUCAUCUUCAAAACGGGCAUCUGAAUAACUUGCUGUGUGUCUUCAUGAGAAACUGGACACGGGGUGAGAAGUCACAGGAAGGGGAUAGAAGAGAUGAUUUCUGCUGCUAUAGCAUUGGAGAAGUUUAUUUUUGUGUUGACAUUUCUAAAGAUAAGACUACAUAGCUGACUAGAGCAAGUAUAACAUACUUAGCAUUUGUACUUCGGUUUUUAAGAGGGAAGGAGAUCUCUCACUAAAUAUGAAUGCUGCAUAUGUUAGCAAUAGAAAUAGUGGUUUUUCUAAUUUUGAUUGCACUUGCCUUAAAUUUUUCCAAAAAAUAUAUAUGUACAAGCAAAUACAGAUGAGGAUGUUUCAGAAAUAGGCAAGUUCUGCACUGAUUAUACUUUCUACAUAAUUUAAUGCCUAGUAGCAGAGUAUAUUUGCCAGAUCAAUAUAAAGAGUAUAUGAGCACAUGAUAACAGCAGUUUGUAUAAGCACAAGGUAUUGUAUGUUUAGAUUACAAAUUAACAAUGAUAACUUUUGGUGUGACUGAUUUGAAUUUCAAAAUGUUGGAUGUUUAAAGAUAAAUUUAUUACUUGCACAAAAAUAUUUUUGUAUAAUAUUGGGAGAGAUUCUAAAAUGGACUUGCUUUAAUGGAGUGUAACUUUCAGAGAAAAUAAACAGGGUACCUGUCUAGUUUGUAAAAUGUCUUCUUUCAAGAUUAUACUUUUACUGGUUAAAUGCAAGGAUAUAAUGACUUGAUAUACUUUUCUGUGUGUGUGAAUUGAAUAAUAUCACCAACAAUAACAAAAAUAAUAAAGCAAUGU